AUCACUUAUCAGUACAAACACUGGCCCUAAUAAUAAGAUUCUUUCGUAAUAAAAUACAUUACUUUUUCGCCCUAGGUUAACCUUUGUCUUCACCACCAGUCCACUACACAGUCUACAAUCCCUGCCUGCCCAUCAUCUUAAAACACGGCCACUUUUAAGAAUAUUAAGAAAAAAAAGGUGCCAUUGUCUCUGUUUUUUUUCUCUUUUGUUUUUGCUUCAUUUUCUUUUGCAUAACAACAAAUAAUUCACUCCAAUCGUUUCCUUUUUCCCAACUGCAUUUCUAUUUGGAUUAAUUAGAGUAAGUAAAGAAAACAAUAGGAAAGUGAAGGACAGCAGCUUACCUCAGCAAUUUAAUGGACUCCCUCUUAAUUUUCAGCCUUUUUGCUUCCUUUCUCCUGAUUUCCAGAGCUGCAUUCGGAGCCACAUUCACAUUCGUAAACAAAUGCGAGUCCACUGUAUAUCCCGGCAUACUCGCGAACGCCGGCAGCCCCACACUCGUCACCACCGGAUUCGAGCUCCCUCCCGACUCCACCCGUUCCUUCUCCGCCCCGGCCGGCUGGUCCGGCCGGUUCUGGGCCCGGACCGCCUGCACACUCUCCGGCUCCGGCCAGAUCUCCUGCCUUACCGGCGACUGCGGGACGGGUCAACCCGAAUGCAACGGGUUCGGCGCCGCCCCGCCCGCCACCCUGGCAGAGUUCACGCUCGGAACCAACGGCGGGCUCGAUUUUUACGACGUGAGCCUCGUGGACGGUUACAACUUGCCGAUGAUAAUCGAGCCCUCCGGCGGCUCCUCCGGCACGUGCGCCUCGACCGGCUGCCUGACCGAUUUAAACCGAGCCUGCCCGGCCGAGCUCCGGUUCGGCGGCGGGCAGGCGUGCAAGAGCGCCCAAAAAUCCACAAGAGAUCCAACUCCAACAACAGUGACGUCACCACCUGGGACCACUGGUAAUGAUGGGUUUCUACCAGGCUCAUCAAACCCAAGCAUGGGUGGAUCCGGGUCAGGACCCGGAUUUGGCUUUACCGGGUCGGACCAAGAUCCAGCAUCCGGGUCAGGAUCUCAAGCAAUGGUGGCAGAUGGAUCUUGGUUAGCUGGUUUGGCUAUGGGAGACUCCACUAGGGUUCACUGCACCUCAACUUUUCAUUAUGCUGUCUCAACUGGAGUUGCUAUUAUUAAUAUUAUUAUUUUAUCAGCAUUUUAUUAGAAUUAUUCAAGAUUUUAGUAGGGUUUGUUUCAUUUCUAGGCUACCUUGGAAAGAACAAAUUUUGGCCUUUUGUUAUUAUAGGAUUAAUAGAGAUUUUUGGCCUCAUGUGCAUUUUUAUAUUGUUUUGGCAGUGGCUCUUUUGCUUUGUUUUUCUAGCUUUUCUUGUUUGGUUCGUGUUUUUAUUUUUUUUGAAUUGUGUAUACAUGUGAUGAUAGUUUUGUUCAA